AUGCGCAACGCCACUUCUACAGUCCGCGCUAGCAAUCACCAAACUCUGCCUCCGACCGAGAUUCUCUGCGACCCAACACCGUUUGCUACCCGCACCAUGGCCGCAACAUCAGCGAGCACGAUGGCAGAACCAGAUCGACUAUCGGCGCUGCCGACGGAGUUGCUCGUCAAAAUCCUCUCACGUCUGUCUCCGGCCGCAGUCUGCCAGUACCGAACUCUCAGCAGCGCUAUCAAGGCCGUCAUCGACAUCAACGCCACAGCCGUCGCGCUUCUGACGACAAGAGAUCACCAAGGGCGUCUCGCAAAUGAUCAUGACAUGCUCGUAAAUAUCGGAGACGGCGUGUCCAUUGAGGACGUGUUCAGCCGAUUUAUCGGAUACUACGGCCUCGACCCAAUGACCGCUCCAGGAUCAUCCGUCCUAAUGAAGACAAUCUUACACUACAUGCAGCCCGGAGACGUGGACUCUGACCUGCGCACUGCCAUACAGGUACGAACAGCCAUCCAAGUUGCGUCUCGGGGAUCAGAAGAUCCCGUUAUCUUUGAUCAAGAGGUCCGGGACAUAUACCAACCAGUUAUGGCCAAGAUUGAUGAAGCUCUUGGAAGAGACAAUUACAUUCACCUCAUGGACGCCGUCGCCGCUAUCACGAAGUCCUCAACUUAUUCAUGUCAAACAAGCGAGCGUCCCUUGAAGCCACGGUAUUGGCUCGCCAGAGAUUCCGACUCCAGCAUCUCGGGUUCCAAGCAGCGCCUGCCGCUCAGCCAAGCUCAGAUCCAAGUCCUCACAGAAGCGCUCGGUAUUGCCUACUUGCCGCCGACCGGUCACUACGAGUAUUGCAUGAAGUGCGAGCGGACGUUCGACUUGAUCUCCGAGAUCGACACCACGAUGGCGGACCUCCCACCAGGCGCCAUCCUCGUGCCGGGCGCAAUCAUGAAGCACGACACAGCACCACAAUCCGCGACUGCCACAACCACACCGAAGCCCGACCGACUGUCCACCUUACCACCUGAGCUCCUGGUGAACAUCUUCUCCUGGCUGCCGAUCAAGGAGACCUGCAGGUCCGUCAGGCGCGUUACCAGGGCCAUCAAAGCUCUUGUCAAUGAGAAUGAGGCAGCCAUUGCAAGACCGUCUAUCGCGUUUCACCAGCGACGUCUCGGUUGGCAAGUUGAUCUGCUGGUCAACACCGGAAGUGUCCCGCUCAGUGAGGUGAUCAGGCGUUAUCUUGACCACUACGGUACUAUCGACAGCUUGGAGACUCGGAAACGUGUCCUGCGCAGACUGUGCAUCAACCAUAUCACAACGAAAUAUCAGCAUGUUGCACUCAGCCGUGACACUCUGCAGGCUUUGAACAACGCAAUAUGUCGGCCUGUGCACAACCUUCUGGAAUAUGCCGCACAAAACUGUCCGUUCCUUGAGGAGGUGGGGAAUUUGCAGACCACGCGACACAACUUCGAUCUGUUCGCCAGAACAGUCAACGACGACAGCCUUCAUGACGCAAUGCCGUCGAUUAUAGCCGUCUUAAAAGCUCACUAUUCUUCGCCGAAUCCGCCGCACAUCAUGGGAUACUCGAACUACCGCCUCUCGAGCUACCCAAGGUUCGAAGAAGACCACGAGCGUCCACCGCUGUCGAACUCGUGGCAGCUUAAGUGGCUGGAGAACUGGCUCGGCGUGACACCCGUGACGUGGAAGUGCUGCUUCGAGUACUGCGUGCACAGUCACAGGAUGCUUCUCCUGGUCAUGUAUCUCUGUGAGACUUUCGAGAAGACGAACGUGGAGCCGACGGCGUUCCAGAAGGCUGCUGUACUGGAGGACAUGUAUGUAUGGUGA